GAUAGGAGAUUAUUGCAAAGACCUAAAGGAAAUGUGUACAGCAGUCACAAGAUGGGAAAAGCCUGUGAGGGCCAGUACAGGCCAGAAAAACAACAAGGAAAUGAGUCCAAGGAGAAAGCUGGUAAAUCCACCAGUUGUGGGACAAUGCAAAAGGAAUUCAAGGAAUCCACAGUGCAGCAGAGAAUUCUCCUGGGAGAGACAGACAACCCAAGCACUACAUGUGGGGAAAACAUCAGGAGCCACACAGACCUUACUCACCAUGACACAAUCCUUACAAAAGAGAAACCCCAUAGAUGCAGUGAGUGCGGGAAAACCUUCACUCGGCGCGCCCAUCUUAUUGGACAUCAGAGACUCCACACUGGAGAGAGGCCCUAUGAAUGCAGCGAGUGUGGAAAAGCCUUCUUUCGGAGGCCACAGCUUAUUACACAUAUGAGACACCACUCCGGAGAUAGACCCUUUGAAUGCAGCGAGUGCAAGAAAAGAUUCACUCGGCGCUCACACCUUAUUAGGCAUCAGAGAAUCCAUACUGGAGAGCGACCCUACGAAUGCCGUGAGUGUGGAAAAAAGUUUGUUGACAGCUCAUCCCUUGUUAAUCAUCAGAGAAUUCACACAGGGGAGAGACCCUAUGAAUGCUCUGAAUGUGGGAAAACCUUCAGUGACAGCUCAGUUUAUAGUAAACAUCAGUGGAUCCACAAAGCAAAGAGACCCUAUGAGUGCUGUGAGUGCCGGAAACGCUUCACUCGGCGGGCUGAUUUCAUUAGACAUCAGAGGAUCCACACUGGGGAGAUACCCUGUAAAUGCUCCUUGUGUGGGAAAAGCUUCACUCAGAGUUUACGCCUCAUUUACCAUCAGAGAAUCUGCAAGGGAGAUGAACAACAAACUUCUUGUAUAAGCGUAACAAAUGAUUUUUUUCCUGUCGGUAUUUUGCUGAUUCCCACAUAGUUACCUGUAAAGCUGUUUCCACCAUUUCUUUGCUGUGUUUCCUCAGCUUACUCAUGUGACUUGCCAGCCUUUGCAAAUUACCAUUCUUUGAGGUCUUUCCCAUGAUCCUUUUCUCAACUCCUUUGUCCUUUGAAUCUUGUGAAUAUGUGUCCUGCCUGUCAGAAAUUUCCAUCAGCCCCACAUGGGGAAGAUAGCACUGAACUCAACUAACAACAUCAAGGUAAACACUAACUGGACUUUGUCUCCCCAAGAUUGUUCAUGGAGUUUGCUAUUCUGAUUUAAAUACACAGCUAAAGACAGGGUCUGUGCAUUGUGGGCAGACUCAUCUUGUGGAUUUUCUCAAUUAUUUUUGUAUAAUUUUUCUCUUUGAAAAUAUGUGUAAAUAUAACCGGGGGGUGGUGGAAUUUUCAUCUUAAUGUCUGUGACACUUGAGGGAAGUGGGGUGAGUUAGAAGGAUUCCUUUCUUACCCAUCAUGCCCAGCGGUGUUACUUUUUCCUCAGAGAUGGUCAAAAGUUAUCUUAUGAGCCACAUGUGGCUUUUUGAGUUGAAGUGUGGUAUCUGGAGCUUCCCAUCCACACCCUCCCCCCCCAUUCUCAGCCUAGAAGAUUGGGAGGGGGUAGAGCUUGAGGUUUUUGUACUGCAGGGGGGCCCAGGGCAGAUGUCGGUAAUAAUCGGUUUUUUGGAGAAGGGGGGCGCUGAACAAUUUUGGUAAAUAGUCAUGGUGUCACACGUUUCUGUGGAGCUAGUAUAUAGUCUGGGGUGGAAGUUGGGUGCAGAAGAGAGCUUGGGAUAGGCAAUUGGGGUUCAGGAAGGGGGUGUGAGGUCUGAGGGGGAGCUUUGAUGAAAGAAGAGGUUGUGACCUGGGGCCAGGGAUUGGAUUCCAGUGUUUGCAGUGGGGGGUGGGAUGGAUACAGGAGAGGAUUCUGGCCUGGGGGAGGGGUGCAGAGGGUUUGGGUUAUGACCAGGUUGAGGACUGAGUUGCAGAAGGGUAUGCAGGGAAGGUAUAAGACUUAAGGGACAAUUCUGGCCUGGGGGCGGGGCAUAGGAAGGGUGCAGGGUUUUCUGGGGAGUAGUGACCCGGGACAUGGGGAGAAGGAUUGGGUGGUGACCUGGGUCAGGGAGUUGGAGUGUAGGGAGGGUGAGGAACCAGGUGCAGGCUUUGGCUGGGAGGUGCUUACCUUGGUGCCUCCCAGCCAGUAACCCACCAGGAUCUUCGGGCAGGCUCCUUUUUCCCAUGGCCACAUCUCUCCCCAUAGCUGCAGCUCCCAUGGGGAAAAAAAGUCACCUCUAUCUUCUGCAAAGUGAGGAGACGGCGGUUCUAUAUUUCUAUGAUCCUGUCUCUCAAAGUUCUGACGAUUAUCGUCUGUGGCUCAGAAGGUCAGGGAGUCAGUAGAUUUGGCCACCCCACCAUAAAGUGUUUAUCUCCUUCACUUCACAAAGUGUCCCAUUAUACAGUAUUCUCAGAUCUUUGUGCUUAGUAAUUAUACUUUGAUUUUGUUUUCAAAACUACUUCUUGACUUCUCUCUUCUGACUUGAGUUUGCUUGAAGACGGGAAAGUUGGACUGUUUUUUUCCCCCCCAUUAUAACCAUGCUAAAACUUUCAUAAAUACCACAACUCACUAUUUGAGACAACACUGAGUGAUGCAGUUCGGAAUGUAGGAGAGAUUAACACGUUAGGAGACUCUUUUGUCCUGAUUCUUAGUUAGCAGCUGUCACCUGCUUUGGAAUUUUAUAUAUUAUGAAAUUGAAAGUGUCUUCUGCCACUUUGAAACGUGGGUUUUUUCUCUCUUUCCUGAAGGCUGUUCGAUCACACAGCUGGUCCUAUUAGUUUUGUUUGAGUGAAUAUAGCUCAGAUUUACCGGGGACUUUGAGACAAAUGACCAUUUGCUAAAAUAAUCAUUUCUUACUAUAUUUUUGCUUUUUCUCCAACUUUUGAUGAUGACAGUUCAGUCAACAAGAGUGAAUGCUCUAAGUUAUUUGACCUGCUAACUAAGAAACAAUUGUGGUUUUAGAUUUUUCUCCUGAAAUGAUGAACUAUACCAUAUGACCUACACUGUGCAAGUAACUGAAGUACCUGGAUGUCAUCACAGUGCUUUUCAGUUGAUUUAGGUCACUCUUGACUCAGAGGAUCCAUAAAGAGAAUUCCACUGUAAGUGACUUGCCACCAAGCAAGCUCCUCAUGUGUUUAGCUCUGUUGCGAGGCAAAGUUGGCCGCUCACAGACCCGGAGGGGAAGGAACCCCUCCCUCAGCCCUGGUGGGCAGGACACAAAAUAUAAAAAGCAGGCUCGGGAGCUCAGUUGGAGCCCAGCUGCUAGAGGAACUCCUGAAGUGAGGGGUUGCUACGGAACUCAAGGAAGCAGAGAACUGGCCAUGACCAUUGCUUGACCCUGACCCAGAGGAACUACAAGCCCUGACAGGGGUACCAUUCACCAAUUACUUGGAGGACCUGUUACCAAGCUAGGUAUGCACAGAGGGGGAAUGAGCCUGGUCAGGUUGAAACUGUGCUGGUGAAUGACUCAGCGUGUUGUGGUAAGGAUCCUUGCCGACCCAGUGGCAGGCCAGUCUGCCACUGUCAGGGCCCUGGGCUAGAAUGCAGUGGAGCAGGUGGGCCUGUAUCCACCCUGCCACCCCAUUCGGUGGGUGACAGUCUUCUCCCUCCUCCCCUUUUCUGGGCAAAAUGCCUGCAAUUGUUGGCUGUCCGCCAGAGCUAGGAGUUCCGACUGCUUUGCUCCCCUGCUCUGACCCCUGACCUGGGCUCACUGUCUGUGUUUGUGAGGUGGACCCUAGCCAGAGGGCCAUACUUGUGACACCAGUUCCCCCAAUGAUUCCCCGUGUUCAGGACCCAAGUUGUAGUGAGGUGAAGCGGCCACCCUCAGACCCAGAGGAGGUGGAGUCAUGCCCCACCCAUACUACUAGUUCCCAAAACAGUUGUGACCCAGGUCUUAGAGGAUGUCACUCCUGAAGGUGUCUUCUGGCUAAUCACAGUAUGAUGUCUUCUGGCUAAUUAACAGUGUGAUGCUGUUGCAAAAAAAGCAAAUAUGAUUCUAGGUUGUAUCAACAGGUGUGUUGUAAGCAAAACUCGUGAAGUCAUUCUGCCGCUCUACUCUGCACUAGUUAGGCCUCAGUUGGAGUACUGUGUCCAGUUCUGGGCGCCACAUUUCAAGAAAGAUGUGGAGAAAUUGGAAAGGGUACAGAGAAGAGCGACAAGAAUGAUUAAAGGUCUAGAGAACAUGACCUAUGAAGCCAGGCUUCAUGAACUGGGCUUGUUUAGUUUGGAAAAAAGAAGAUUAAGGGGGGACAUGAUAGCGGUUUUCAAAUAUCUAAAAGGGUGUCACAAGGAGGAAGGAGAAAAUUUGUUCCUCUUGGUUUCUGAGGACAGGACAAGGAGUAAUGGGCUUAAAGUGCAGCAGGGGAGGUUUAGAUUGGACAUUAGGAAAAAAUUCCUAACUGUCAGGGUGGUCAAAUAUUGGAAUAAAUUGCCAAGGAAGGUGGUGGAAUCUCCCUCUCUGGAGAUAUUUAAGAACAGGUUAGAUAGACAUCUGUCAGGGAUGGUGUAGACGGAGCGUGGUCCUGCCUUGAGGGCGGGGGGCUGGACUCGAUGACCUCUCGAGGUCCCUUCCAGUCCUAUUAUUCUAUGAUUCUAUGAUUCUAAUCCUGGUUUGGAAAAUGCUGCCCCAAAUUAUGCAGCUGUGGAUGAGCCCAGACAUAUGCUUUUGCAGAGCUUACAUUUUGUAGAUGGUGCAAAUGCCAAUAACAUUCAUUUAGUACUGAAUGUGAGAGCUGUCAAAAAUUAAAUUGUUUUUGAAUAUGAAAGCCCCACCUUGGGUAACUGACAGAGAUUCUCUUCUAGGCUAUUAUCUGGCUCCUAACUUAGGUUUGCUGCACCAGAUUAAAGAAAAAAACUGGGAAUGUUUGUUAUAGCCAUUCUGUGUUAAUGCUGCUUAGAUUUUUCUGUGGCUUGAUAAAGGAUUCUGUCCCAGAGAAGAGCAAAUUCUGCCCUAGCAGCCCUGGCACUGACCUGGCCCAGCUCGGCCCUCUCAUGUGUGGACCAAGGACAAGGAUUUGACAAGAACUUGGGUAGAAAUAGCAGCCCCAGAGUUGUUGUUUUUCACCCCAGAGAAGGAAGCGGUUGUGUGAACAGUGGCUAGAUCAAAUUAUGUUUAGAAUAGCUCUUGAGGAGAGGUGAAUACUUAAUUUGGGGUGCUAUUGUCUAAAAUCUCAGAAAGUGUUUGUUCUGCCUUGUUCAUAUUCUUACUAAUGUCAUUUGAAUGCAAAUUUUUCCUUUCUAGCAUCUGCUUUAGCUGCAGAUUUAAUGCUGGUAUAUAUGCAUGAAAUCUUCAAGUACAUUGCUUAAAUAAAUCUUGAUCAUCUGGUUUGCUAAGGAUAACACUUUCAAAAACUUCAGAGGGGUAGCUGAGUUAGUCUGUAACUAGAAAAACUUAAACUACAAAUAGUCUAGCAGCCCUUUAGAGACUAACAAAACAUGUAGAUGAUACCGUGAGCUUUCGUGGGCACAACCCACUUCUUCAGAUGAAAGAAGUGGACUGCACCCACGAAAGCUCAUGAUACUAUCUACGUCUCAUUUUCAAAAACUAUAACUUGCAUUAUUUUUAGAAGUAUUUACUCCAGGUUUUGUGGAUUUCCACUUGGAAGUCCCUCUAUAAAAUAUAUUUUAGUAUACCAUGUAAUAGUAGAUUAUACAGACUUGAUAUAUGAUUUUGUACCUUAUGUAUUUUCAAAGUCAUAGUUUUAGUCCAUGCUGCAAACAGUGUAUUAGAUAAUGUUUUGGCCAUAAGUCGCCUGUGGGUGGUUAAUACAUCUUUUUUUUAAUGAAAGUCAGUUGAUUGGUGUGAUGUAAUCACCUAGAAUCCUUGAUCUUGUUUCAUUCAUUCUCUCACCCAAGUAACUGUUGUUAUUGUCACCACUGAUGCUUUAUGAAAAUUGGCUUACGAAGAUGCUAUAGACAAAAUGCAUCAUGAGACACAAUUUCAUUUUUUGUAUGUGAAGUUAGAAACAUGAAGUGUGAAUUUGUUUCUAAUUCUAAAUAUGUUAAUGAGGGCCAUUAGUGAUACUCCAGAAACAUAAUGGCUCGGUAAUCAAACCAAUGAUCUGUGUAUGGCUUUGUUUUUCCAGUAAGCCCAAACUGUGGUUGGUCUUGCCAGGACAUGUAGCCAGGCCCCCUGGUGCUGAAAUCCAUUUGGGAUCUUGUAGUUUUCCACUCAAAGUGAGAAAAGUUUUGAACUGAACACAAAAAAUUCCUGCCUUGGGC